AUGAGGUCUAAAGCAAACCAAAGCCACGAGGUGAAGCUUCUCCUUGUUUGUCUUCUUGCAGCCUCCUUCAUUCUCAUCUUCAUCGUGAGAUCAACUCUUACAUCUCCACAGGAACACCAGACUCCAGAAGAGACGAGAUCAGGGGGUUGCUCUGGUGCCUGCAAUAAGCUACCACGUUCCCUCGCACAGGCCCUGAUCCAUUACUCGACUUCAGUCAUCACACCGCAACAAACGCUCAAAGAAGUAGCGGUUAGCAGUAGAGUACUAGACAAGAAGUCACCGUGCAACUUCUUGGUGUUUGGUCUAGGCCAUGACAGCCUCAUGUGGAGCUCUCUCAACUAUGGAGGCCGGACUGUGUUUCUUGAGGAAGACGAAACAUGGAUAAAGCAGAUCAAGAGACGGUUCCCGAUGCUGGAGUCAUACCAUGUGACAUACGACAGUAAAGUCAAUCAAGCUGAUAAUCUGAUAGAAGUUGGGAAAGGACCAGAAUGCACAGCCAUUGGAGAUCCAAGGUACUCAAUGUGUCAACUAGCACUCAAGGGUUUGCCUGCAGAAAUAUAUGAGACUAGAUGGGAUCUGAUCAUGGUUGAUGCACCCACCGGCUACUACGAUGAGGCCCCUGGGAGGAUGACAGCAAUUUUCACAGCGGGAAUGAUGGCGAGGAACAGGGAUCAAGGAGGAGAGACCGAUGUGUUUGUGCAUGAUGUGAACAGGGAAGUAGAAGACAAGUUCUCUAUGGCUUUCUUGUGUGAAGGUUACAUGAAGAAACAACAAGGGAGACUAAGGCAUUUUGUUAUUCCUAGCUAUAGAGAUGCAUCAGAUUCAGAGUCAAAUAGACCCUUUUGUCCAUAG